UUCUUGGCUUGUUGGCUAGUAAUGCUAUAGCCACUACCACACCAAACCAUAAGAUUCAUUCUCUUAAUCGUCAUAGUUUUCCUCCAGGUUUCAUUUUUGGGUCUGCAUCUGCAGCUUACCAGUACGAGGGUGCAGCUUUCGAAGAUGACAAAGGACCAAGUAUUUGGGACACAUUUACACAUAAUUUUCCAGAUAAGAUAAGCGAUCAUAGCAAUGGAGAUGUGGCUCUUGAUCAAUACCACCGUUACAAGGAGGAUGUCAAGAUCAUGAAAGACUUGGGCUUUGAUUCCUACAGAUUUUCAAUCUCAUGGCCAAGAAUAUUGCCAAAAGGGAAGCUAAGUGGGGGCGUGAAUAAGCAAGGAAUCAAAUACUACAACAACCUCAUUAAUGAGCUCCUAGCAAAUGGCUUGAAACCCUUUGUAACUCUCUUCCACUGGGAUACUCCUCAAGCCUUAGAUGAUGGGUAUAGCAGUUUCCUAAGUCCUGAGAUUGUGAAAGACUUUGCGGACUACGCAGAUAUUUGUUUUAGAGAGUUUGGAGAUAGAGUUAAGCAUUGGAUCACAAUAAAUGAACCAAAUAUUUUUAGUCAAGGUGCCUAUGCGAAAGGAAAUGCACCAAAUCGAUGUUCGGCUUGGCAAGAGUUAAAUUGUACAGCCGGAGACUCAUCAACAGAGCCCUAUUUGGCGGGACACAAUCUGAUUAAAUCUCAUGCUGCUGCUGUAAAAUUAUACAAGACAAAUUAUCAGGAAACUCAAAAGGGCAUAAUAGGGAUCACAGUAGCAUCGCAUUGGUUUGAGCCAUAUUCUGCUUCUAUACAAGACCUAGAUGCUGCAAAACGAUCUCUAGAUUUCUUGUAUGGAUGGUUCAUGGAUCCAGUAGUUUAUGGCGAUUAUCCACGCUCAAUGAGGUCUAUUGUCGGAAGACGAUUGCCCAAAUUCACGAAGGAGGAAUCCGAGUCAAUAAAGGGAUCAUUUGAUUUCAUUGGAUUGAAUUACUAUACUGCUUUCUAUUCGGCCCUGUUGCCUGCAGCUAAUAUUACACAUCCAAGCUACUUGACAGAUAGUCUUGCCACCACUAGGAGUGACCGUAAUGGGGUUCUCAUUGGUCCACAGACAGGAUCACCUUGGCUCCAUGUUUAUCCGAAGGGGAUUCAGAAGCUUUUGCUUUACACCAAGAAGAAAUACAAAGAUCCAGUUAUUUACAUCACUGAGAAUGGCGUAAGUGAGGUAAAUAAUGCCAAUUUAACGCUUAAGCAAGCCCUUCAUGACACCAUGAGGAUCGAUUACUGCAAUCGCCAUCUCUCUUUCUUGAAAUUAGCAAUCGAGGCGGGUGUCAGGGUGAGGGGAUACUUUGCAUGGUCACUCUUGGAUAACUUUGAAUGGAAAUCAGGCUACACAGUUAGAUUUGGGAUCGUGUAUAUUGAUUAUAAAGAUGGAUUAAAGAGAUAUCCAAAACUCUCAGCUCGUUGGUUUAAAAACUUUCUCAAGAAAUAA